AUGAAGUAUAUAGAAAUGGUUAUAGUUGCUGAUUUAUCAAUGCAUCAAAAAUAUGGCAAAAAUACAACAUCUUUGAAAAACAAAGUACAUGAAAUGGUUAAUGUUAUGAACAUGGAUUUCAACAGUUUAAACAUUUCUGUGGUUCUUGUUGGGUUUGAGAUCUGGGAUAAUAAGGACCAGUUUGAAGUAAGCGCUUCACCUUGGCAAACUUUAAAACAGUUUUCUUUAUGGAGAAUGGAAAAUUUAGUGCCUAGAAAAGAACAUGACAAUGCUCAAUUCAUCACGAAUAUAGAUUUUGAGGGUAUUACAGUCGGACUGGGAAAUGUUGGGUUAAUGUGCAGUGAAAUGUAUUCUACAGGAAUCGUUCAGGAUCACAGCACUUCAGCAAUUGAUAUUGGAGCCACGUUAGUCCACGAGGUUGGCCACAACCUGGGAAUGUCUCAUGAUGACAAGAACUGCUCAUGUCCCUCAGGUCCAUGCAUCAUGGAUCCAUUUCUCAGGUAUGGUCAGAAAUGUUAA